AUGGCCUAUACACGCUGUGGCAGGGAACCGGUCCGCACCACAAUUACCGUUAAGGAGUUGAUUGGCAAGGGCACCUUCGGCCGCGUCUACAAGGCGCAUCUCGACAAAUCGGAGCGUCUGGUGGCUCUAAAGCAAGUCGACUUCGAUCCCCACCUGAUGGAACGAGAGCCGGAAAUAAUGAAUUACCUGGAGGGGCACUGCAAUAUAGUACGCCUGAUCAUGUACUGCUAUGCCCAGAUAAACUGCUCCAAGCAAAACUAUCUGCUCAUGGCCAUGGAGUACAUGCCAAUGACGCUCGCCGAGCUCAUAAUCAAGCAUCGCCAGCGACCCCUGCAGAUGAUCUACGUGCGCAUUAUCUCCUAUCAACUGUUCCGGGGCCUCGGUUAUUUGCACUCGCACUGCAUCUGCCAUCGGGACAUUAAGCCGGAGAAUAUGCUGAUCGAUCCGCUUACAAUGAGCCUCAAAUUGGCCGACUUUGGCAGCGCCAAGUUCCUGGACAUCAACGAGUCGAGUGCCACGUACGUCUGCUCGCGGUUCUAUCGGGCGCCCGAACUCUAUGCCGGAUGCCAGCGUUAUAGCACCACGGUGGACGUCUGGAGCGCCGGCUGUGUGCUCGCCGAGCUGCUCAAGAGCUUCGCGCUCUUCGCCAGCAACAUGCACGACGAGGCCCAGCUGCUGCACAUGAUUAGUGUCCUGGGCACCGACGGCUUGGAGCGUGCGCCUCAUAUCCUGGCAGCCAGUGGCCUGGACACCGCCACUACAAUCAUCCCGCGACCCAGUUGGCAAAUGCUAAUUGGCGUCUGGGUGCCACAGGAUUUGGCAGCACUACUCGAUGCUUGCCUGCAGUAUGAUCCCACAGCUCGCAUCGCCCCGCUGCGAGCCUGUGCCCACGCCAGCUAUGACGAGCUGCGCACCAUGGAUCCCCUCAACACCCACAUGCCCAACGGAAUGCGGCCGCCAUCCCUAUUCAACUUCAGCCAGCAUGAGCUGCAGGUUGAUCCCGGCCUCUGGAUGCAUCUAUUACCUCUCCAACUUGCGGAAGUCAUCGAGCAGUAG